GCUGGCUAUCGUGUCAUGUGUGUCACUAAUGAGCGACUAUGCCGAGUGACAUCAAUUCGACAUAGUUUGGCUUUGGUUGGAUUGUGUUCCGUGGCUGCACCGCUCACCAACCUGACAACCAUAACUUUUGCUAUAGAUUCGCUACCCGUAAAUGCGUACCUGUGUUGGCUGGCAUACAAGUUUUACAAAGCACCAGAUGCACAAAAUUCUAGGCGGUUGUUUUUCUACAGUCUGUUCUACCUUCCGGUAAUUAUGACAUUGAUGGUGGUGAGCAAGUUCGGGCGAAAUGAUGCACAGAAGAAAUCCGCCUCCAAAGAAUUGCAGCCAGUUUUUGAGCUGGAUAAGUUAUAA